AUGCAAGAAACAGAGCAAUCAGAAAAAAAUAUGAUAGGUUCUCUGCUAGACGAGGAUGAGUCAGAAUGUUCAGAAUUCAGAUCUUCCAUCACUAAAUCCCAACAGCAUUCUCAAUCUGUAAACAAUUCUCUCUAUUAAACCAUCUAGCCUGCCAAAAGCUUCAAAGAUGUUAAAGAAAGUCCACUCGUUCUUGAUGAUCCAGGUUAAUAAGAAUUUCCUUCCAAUGAUCCAAACAACUUUUAUUUUACUGUCUAACCAGCCUUCAUCCAACAAAGGUAACACUCCAUGAGUUACGAAUUCCACCAAUACAUGGUCUCUCAAUCUUCAAUCUAUUACCCUUAUCAAGACGGAUACUUCUCAUAAAAACGAACCAAGAGAAUGCAAUCGUCCACAGAUUCAGAACAAACCAUAGUAAAUCUCCCAUUCCUAUUGUAGUCACAACAAUGCUAAGAUCAAUAUGCGUCCCUAAUUAUCCAAUAGUCCUUCAUUUAAGGAAACGACUUUUAGAGAGACAAAAUAUUUAAAGCCUUAAUCGAUGAUUUACCACUCCUCUCUAAACACAAAUUUGGAAAUUAUGUCAUUCAGAAAAUUAUAGAAAACAGCAAUCAGAACCUCAGAACCCUCAUCUUUGAAUAGCUUCACCCUUACCUCAUCGACAUGUGCUAUGACAAAUUCGGAUGUCGAGUCAUCUAAAAAUUACUAGAGUUCAUUUAAAACCAUCAAAAAAUACAAUUAAUCUAAUCAAUCAAAAGUCAAGUGUUGAAUCUCAUCUUCGAUCAAUGUGGAAAUCAUGUAAUCCAGAAAAUCAUAGACUUGGCAUCCGAGGCUGAGUUCAUAAUUGACAUUGUCACAAACAACGUCGAUCACAUCGUGUCUCAUCCCUAUGGAUGCAGAAUUGCUUAAAAAUGCCUUGAAAUCUUUCCCAACCAAAAGUUACAACAACUCUACAUCUCCCUUAUACCUUUAUGUGAGAGAUUACAAUUUUGUCAAUACGGGAACUACAUUGUACAGCACAUGAUCACCCAAGGACCGCCUAAAGGAUUUGAAGUAAUUGGGAAAUUCGUCAAAGCCAGAAUUCUGGAAGUCAGUUAAGAUAAAUAUGCCAGCAACGUGGCUUAGAAAUAUAUAACAUUGGCAUCAGAUGAAGAUAUUGCAAGCAUCUGCAAAAUCCUGAUGAAUAAUUGCGUACCACCAAUGUUACUAAUUUUAAUCAAUAAUUAAUUUGGUAAUUAUGUGAUGCAAAACUUCUAUUCGAAAUGCAAUGACAAAUAAAAAGAAAUAAUUCAGAUCUAAAUCAAUAAAUAUGAAGAACAUCAAUUCACAUAAUUUGGUAGACAUUUCUUAUAAUUUUUGGCUAGGUGUCAAUCUUGUUGAUUGUUUUAUCUAUAUAUGUUAAACAUUAUAUACAUUUAAAAGUCA